AUGAACUUUCCUCCGCUUCCCGCCGAGCUGCAGCCCAAGAGCCUCAUUUCUGGCACAUUCCUCCAAGUAUCCGGCCAGGCGUGCGAGUCUUGUCUUCGCAAGCCUACCACCGGUACGCUCCAUCGCUGCGCUGCGUGUCGUAGGGUCUCCUACUGUAACCGCGGCUGCCAGAUUCAAGACUGGUUCGAGCAUAAGAGCCUUUGCUUGCGUCUGCGCCUCUUGAACGCGACCGAGACGGUCGAGCUGAUCCCUGGUAAUGUUUUGUCCCUCGAGGAGUACGAAGAACAGAAGAAAACGCGGAUCGCCCUCCUCACCGAAGUCGGCCUCGGUGGUACCCCAGAGGACGCCGCAUACGCCGAACACGAGGUUAAGUGCGAGGUGUGCUUGCGCACGCCCUUCCAGAAGUUGCUUUUCCAGAAGUUCUCAGACUGCAAGCACUGCGGUCUAGCCUGGUGGUGCUCGCCCGAAUGCAAGGCCGUCUUCCGUACCGUCCAUACUCGCCAGCAGUGCGACGCCCUCCGCGAGGUCCACUGCGCCGAGCGCUUCAACAUCGACUACACGCUCAACCGCCGCACCAUCAGAGCCAUCAACUUCGUCACGCCGAACCCGCGCACGACGUACAUUCCCUUCUCGUCGCUCAAGGGCUGGGACGACUACUUCGAGAAGCACUUCCCGGAGUACGACAGCUGGACUGUCAACGGCGCCGCCGAGUUCGCCGCUGGUAAUCCGGAUUCCAAGGUCGGCGUGACGGCUCUCACGAAAGGGGCUAUGGUUUUCCCACUGACCAUCGCCUCCGCGCUCGAGAUCGCGUUCCCGGAUAUCGCGACGCGCACUUCGCUCGUCAUACACGUCGUCGGCGCCGCCCGCCGCGAGUUGCUGUCGCAGGCCACGCUCGAGAACAUCUUGCACGCGUAUCCGAUGCUGCAAGAGCUCCGCUUCUACUUUAUCGGUCCUGAGGCCAAGUCCGACCCUCUCCCGGACAACUUGGCGUGCAGCAAGUGCAUCGCGAACGGGCGCGUCCGGCAGGUCCUGUACGCGACGGGCGAGUACCACGAGUGCCAGUGGGCACUCUCGGCAUCCGGGCCAAAGAUCAACAAGCCCGACUUCAUCGUCGCGUUCAACAGCGGCAUGCUCGAGUCGGAGGCGUCGACCGCCUCUUGGGGCCAGACUGUCAAGCACAUCCUCGAUUCGGGGGUCCCGACGCUCUUCACGGCGACCACGCGCACUAACGCGCUUAUGGAAGUCGGCGCAUUCCGCGCCGGUCGUGUGCGCUUCUUGUCGAAGAUGCAGAAGAACAAGUUCCACGGGCCUGUCCAUAUCCCGAAUGCGUAUCAGGCAGAGGAGCUGAUGGAAGGUGGCCCGCAUACGACUGCGUAUAACAGCCACUACAUGUGUGUUGUCAAAGGCCGUUACGAAGGUUGA